UCGUUGUUCUCAAAAAAAAAAAAUGUUCUGAAAAAAGUGAGAGACUCGUCAGUGACCGGCACGACAUGGACGCCGGCGGCGAGGAGGCGAAGCAGGAGCGCCACCUGGUUGCUCGUGCCGGCCCGCAAGCUCUUCCUCCUCUCCCAUCCCGACGCCGACGACGACCUCGCCGGCCAUGGUCGCCCUCCGCUCCGACGUCCUCCACGCCGUCAAAUCCGCCGUCUCUCUCCAUCUAUCCAUCGGCCGGCUCCCCGCCUGCACGCCGCGGUCGAGUCGCUGGCCGCCGGACUACGCGCGCGCGGAUCGACGAGGAGGUCCGCAAGCUCGACGGGAAGAUUGCUGACGCUGAAGAGAAUUUGGGUGGGAUUGAAGUGCGUGAGGCCCAUCUAGCUGAAUCCUUGUACUUCAUAAGUGUCAGGCAGAAGGGACAGGGGACCUCCUGUCCUGUUGCAGGUCCUUGGAGGGAAGUCUUAGAAUCAGGACACUUCUGAAUUGUUCACACUGGUAUGAAAGAGGAGGUUCCAUCUAGAUCAUGUCAAGUUAAAUACUUAAAUCAGGAAAAUCUCGUAAAUGGGGUCUUGGAAAAGCUAAAGAUUUGCAGUCGGAGUGGUCAAAAAAUAGAUUUCCUUUGUAUGCUUUUGGUUUAUGCUGCUGCUUUUAUGCUCCCACUCAUGCAAUGAUAUGAUAAAAGAUCACAUGGUAAUAUGGUAUCGAUUUGCUCAGUCGCUACUUUGUUG